GACUUAACCGGAAAUUACAUCAAGUUUUCCUUUUAUCGCGAGAGUUCCGCAGACGUCUGUGACGUUGUAGCUUAAAGCUUUACCACUGCUACAGAAAGAAGCAAACUCCUGCAUUCGACAUGAAUCGGGUCUUCAGCACAGGUUCCGUAAAAAACCUGACUGGCCUCAUCCAGCGGUUUCAAAGCACCUUGGUUGUUGCAGAACACACCAAUGAAAAGCUGACACCUAUCACUCUCAACGCCAUCACCGCCGCCAGUAAACUCGGUGGAGAUGUAUCUUGUCUGGUUGCGGGAACCAAUUGUGCCAAGGUUGUGGAGGAGAUAAGCAAAGUAAAGGGUGUCAAGAAAGUUCUGGUGGCCCAACAUGAGGCUUACAAAGGUGCCUUGCCAGAGGAGCUGACUCCACUUAUCCUGGAAACACAAAAGCAGUUUAACUUCACUCACAUCUGCGCUGGUGCAUCUGCUUUUGGAAAGAACUUGCUCCCCAGAGUUGCUGCAAAGUUGGACGUUGCUCCAGUUUCAGAUAUUAUUGAAAUCAAAUCCCCUGAUACAUUUGUGAGGACCAUCUAUGCAGGAAACGCACUCAGCACAGUAAAGUGCAACGAACCAGUGAAGGUCUUCACUGUCAGAGGAACGGCGUUUGAGGCGGCUGCAGUGGAGGGAGGAAGUGCUGCUUCAGAAGAUGUUGCUCCUGCUGCCCCUGCUGGAGUGUCAGAGUGGCUCGAACAGAGUUUGACCAAGAGUGACCGUCCAGAGUUGACAAGUGCAAAGGUUGUGGUGUCAGGAGGAAGAGGAUUAAAGAGUGGAGACAACUUCAAGCUGCUUUAUGAUCUUGCCGACAAACUGAACGCUGCAGUUGGAGCAUCUAGAGCUGCAGUGGAUGCUGGAUUUGUUCCAAACGAUAUGCAGGUUGGACAGACAGGCAAAAUUGUUGCACCGGAGUUGUACAUUGCAGUUGGUAUUUCAGGAGCAAUCCAACAUCUGGCUGGAAUGAAAGACAGUAAGACUAUUGUAGCCAUCAACAAGGAUCCUGAAGCUCCCAUUUUCCAGGUGGCUGACUACGGUUUAGUAGCAGAUCUUUUUAAGGCCGUUCCUGAGAUGACGGAAGCACUGAGCAAGUGAAGAGCUGCGCUCCCACCAAACCUUCAACAGACAGCUCCACCAAGAGCAAUAACAGGACGCCUGCUCAUCGCCUUAAUCAGUUCCUGAAGCUGCAUGUUUGAGUGUCGGACUAACUCCGCCGUCAACAUCCUCUCUAUUAGUAGUGUCCAGAAAGAAAUACCAGGUUUUGUAUAUAUCCUGCAAAUACUUAAUUCCUAAUAAAUGAUCUGUACCUACCUA